AUGGCAAAUUCUUCUUCGGAAUUCCCUCUUAAAGAUGAACUUGAUAUCGUCAUACCCACGAUUAGAAACCUCGAUUUUCUUGAAAUGUGGAGGCCAUUCUUUCAACCAUAUCAUUUGAUCAUUGUUCAAGAUGGUGAUCCAUCUAAGAACAUCAAGGUUCCUGAUGGUUUUGAUUAUGAGCUCUAUAAUCGUAACGAUAUAAACAAAAUCUUGGGUCCGAAAGCUUCUUGUAUUUCUUUCAAGGAUUCCGCUUGUCGAUGCUUUGGCUACAUGGUUUCUAAGAAGAAGUAUAUUUACACCAUUGAUGAUGAUUGUUUUGUUGCAAAGGACCCGACGGGAAAGGAUAUAGAUGCACUACGACAACACAUCAAUAACCUCCUCCACCCUGCCACUCCUUAUUUCUUCAACACCCUCUACGACCCUUUCUCAGAUGGUGCAGAUUUUGUCCGUGGCUACCCUUUUAGUCUCCGGGAGGGUGUUCCAACAGCUGUGUCUCAUGGUCUUUGGCUCAACAUCCCAGACUAUGAUGCACCAACACAGCUUGUCAAGCCCCGAGAGAGAAACACCAGGUAUGUUGAUGCAGUCAUGACACUUCCGAAGGGUGUAUUGUUCCCUAUGUGUGGAAUGAACCUGGCCUUCGAUCGACAACUCAUCGGUCCAGCUAUGUAUUUCGGGCUCAUGGGUGACGGUCAGCCCAUUGGCCGCUACGACGACAUGUGGGCUGGCUGGUGUGUCAAGGUUAUAUGUGACCACUUGGGGCUCGGGAUCAAGACAGGGUUACCAUACAUUUGGCAUAGUAAGGCAAGCAACCCGUUUGUGAACCUAAAAAAGGAAUACAAAGGAAUAUUCUGGCAAGAAGAGAUGAUACCGUUCUUCCAAGACGCCAUUCUUCCAAAAGAUUGCACCACAGUACAGUCUUGCUACAAAGAAUUAGCAAAACAGGUAAAAGAUAAACUCGGGAAAAUCGACCCUUACUUUGUCAAGCUUGGGGACGCCAUGGUUACAUGGAUCGAUGCUUGGGACGAGCUCAAUCCACCCGCCAAGGCAACUAAUAGCAAGUGAAGAGGAGUAUACAUGUAUACAGAGAACAUCAUUUUGGACAACCGGGAAUAUAAUAAAAGAUGGUUUACAUUCAUCGUUUUUGUUCCUUUGACUCUCCAGUGACCUAGUUGUAUCA